AUGAAUACUAGUGAUAUGACAGAAAUAGUUCACAACGAAAAGUUCAUAUUUCAUCGUAUUAAAUUUGCAAUCAUACUGACAUUAGAAAUACCUGCGAUUAUAGUAUCCGUCAUUAUCUGGUGGACUUUUAUCGAUUAUACACUUUGUUCUACAGGUGAAUUUCUAAUGACUAUAAUUUGUGUUCAACGACACAUGCUAAUAUUUCAUGGACAACUUCUUCGAAUGCGUAUAACACGCAUACUUUUAAAUCAUCUACCAAUUAUUUUAUGUCUCAUUUAUCCAUCAAUAUUUUAUUUAUUUAGCAUCAUUCUAUUUCCAUGUAAUACUACACAAUGGGAUUUCAAUGAAAAAAUGUGUGGACUCGCUAACUGUUAUAUUCUUUUCAAUUCAGUUCUAAGUACAUUUGACUGGACAUUUAAUAAUGGAGUACCCAUAAUAGUGACUGCAUGUGCUAAUCUAGCACUGGCCAUACGAAUCAUCUUACAAAAGCGAUGUUUUCAUCGAUCAUUCACAUGGAGCCGUCAACGACGAAUGGCAGCACAAUUAUUUUCUGUUUCAAUUCUCUAUAUAAUUGCUUGGCCACCAUGUAUAAUUGUUGGUCUUGUCCAUUCACUAGGCUAUCGUGACUUUCUUGGUGAUAUUCAAAAUGAUUAUUUGCUUGAUUUGAACUACUUGGUAUACCUUUUUCUUUCAUAUGUUUACCUCAGUCAACUUCCAAAAUUAACUUAA